GACACCUCAGAAAAUGGAUGGACGGAUGGACACCUGAGGUCUGCGUCUUACCUGAGUUUGGAAAGGUCGCCGCUGGAGCUGAGGAUGAAGUGCGAAGAAGACAAAGCGGAAGAGACAGUCAUUCGUCAAGAGUGCUGGUUUGGAGUAGGUGGAUGCGUGGGAGGGACUAAAGUGAAAAAGGUGCACAGGGCUCGGUCACAGGUCGCUCUCUUUUUGAAUCUGCGGAGCUUCGAGACCCAACGCUACACAGCACCUUACGACAGGCCUGAGGUUGCAGAGAGGCCCAAGUCCAGACACCCUUAAAGUGGGAUUCGGUUACAGUGCUGUAGAAAGACAACGUGAGGGAGUUCCUGAGUAACACAAAAUCAAGUCAGGUGUUUGGAGUUGAAGCCAGAGAGAGGAGAGGAAGGGGACACAGCAUUUUCGGUGGACUGUGAGGUUCUGGAGGUGCCACCUCCCAGGAGGUUCUGUGGACAGUUGUCAUCUGAGUUUAACAUAGACUGAUAACUGCAUCAUGUCGAUCGCUCAGUCACCUGAAGAAAGUACAAGACCGUUGAACCCAUCGCACAUAGUGGUUCCACGGCCAGGCCGCCACAGAAGGCCCAUGACGGCUCCUAAAACGCAGAAAGAGAAGGCAUCUAAGACGAAGAAGGUGUUGUUAACCGUUGCAGCAGUUGUGGUGUUGCUGGGGAUCCUGCUCACCGCGGCAUACUUCAUAAAGCAGCUGAUUGACAGCAAGUACUUCUUUUGCACAAAGUCGUUUAAGUUCAUCCCGCUAGAUAAAGCGUGCGAUGGAACGGACGAUUGCAUUGGAGGGGAAGAUGAACAAACGUGUUUGUCAAGACUCGUGGUCAACAGCACCUUUCCAGUGCGGCUCAUGACCCAUCAGAGUGUCCUGCAGGUGUACAAUCCCAGCUCAGGAUGGAGGAGCCUGUGUAGCGAAGGCUGGACUGAGCAGCACACGCAGACAACGUGCACGCAACUGGGUUACACAAAUAAACCUCAAAGCACCGAAGUCCCAGUCAACACAUUAUUAUCUAACCUGAAAUCUGGACCAUUCGCUGCACUCAGGUCGGGGACAGAAAACAUGCCUGUUCACCAUGCUGCAGUUGACCAGAGCGCAUGCAGAUCCGGAGCUGUGGUUUCUUUAACCUGUUCAGACUGUGGACAGGGGGACCCUCAGAACCGUAUUGUUGGGGGUACAGAUGCUACCAUUGAGGACUGGCCAUGGCAGGUGAGCCUCCAGCAGGGCGGCCAGCACACAUGUGGAGGCGCCCUAGUGUCGCCACGUUGGGUCGCCACUGCAGCCCACUGCUUCACCAGCAGUAAAAAGGAGCUGAGUCGCUGGAAAGUGGUGUCAGGCCGAACCUACAUGGGCACGCUGGGAGGGUCCUCCGUGGACAGGAUCAUCCUGAACGGAAACUAUGACCCAGCUCGCAAUGAUUAUGACAUAGCACUCAUGAGACUCACCAGUCCAAUCACAGUGGGAGUGAGCCAGAUGCCGGUUUGUCUACCUCCCAAAUCCUUCGGCCUUGCUCCUUCAGCCUCGGUGGUGGUGACCGGUUGGGGCUACCUGGAGGAAAAUGGAAACAUCUCUCCAUCGCUGCAGAAAGCCAACAUCCCUCUCAUUGAGAGAUCCAAGUGUGCCAGCCCCACCGUGUAUGGCAACGCCAUCACCGUUAGGAUGAUCUGUGCUGGUUUUCUGGAGGGGAAAGUGGACGCAUGCCAGGGUGACAGCGGCGGGCCAUUGGUGCACUUCACCUCGUCCAAAUGGUACCUGAUCGGGGUGGUGAGCUGGGGCGUGGGCUGCGCCAGGGAGAGGCGUCCUGGCGUCUACUGCAACGUGGACGAGAUGCUCAACUGGAUUCACACAGUCAUCGAGAAAAACCCAUGAUGAUCUCCAUUUUGACAAACUAACUGCAAGACAACACUGCAAGGGAAGAUAACAGCAAUGUGGAAGAAGGAUGCAAAUACAUUCAUGCUGAUUUUGGGUUAUUGUUUCUAAUAGGGCAACUUAAUUGAUGUGUCACUGUGUUGGAUGGGAUUUUCAUAGAAGACAUUUUGUUUAGUGAACGAAGCACAACAAUAAUAACAAUGUCAAAUUACUGUCUGCAUGAAUCUCAUCCAUGUAUUCGAUGCAGGGUUCCUGAAUUGUCGUAUGGGUUGUUCCAGAAUUGGGAGACGAUUUAGGCACCCAGAUUUUUUAAAAAUAACCAUUCAUUUUAUAUCUUUUUUUUCUUCUUCAAGAAAAACAAGUAAGAAACCAACCAAUUUCAUUUAUCCAGCUCAACCACCAAUAGUACACUUUAAAUGCAAUUUUAUUUGUCAAAUUAUAUAUUUUGCUGUUUGCCGCAACCCUGUUAUGAAUACUUGGGCACAUAAAACACAUACUAGUAUUUAAAAUAAAAUUUAGGCAUCAUUUUGUAAAAAAGCUAGUUACAUUUUGUCGUAGGAAAUCUAUAAUUCACACAACACGUGCAUGCUUGUCUUGUGUGCUUCGAUUAUCAUGGUGGUGACAAAAAAUGUCUUCCAAUUCUGGAAUGGCUCAUCUAUCUUUUAUGACUUGCUAUGUCCAGUACAUGCAAUCAUUAUGAUAUCAUGCACGAGCUGUAAGAUGGUACAAAGUCUCACAUGGGAACAAUUACAGGUCAUUGUCUUUAUUAUUGCAGUGGUUUAAAGCAUUGAUGGUGCAGUUGCUCAUCAAAAAUGACAUGACAGUAUCAUUUAAACAAGCACUUUAAGUGAGAAAUGAGAAUUGUGUGUGUUUGUGUGUAAAUGAUUAAGGUCGAUAGAAUUUGAGUUCAAUGAAGCAUUAACUCACUAGGCUUUUAUAUGUUCUCAGACAAUUUUUUGUUUGAGCAUGUUCAGUUUAAAAGUUGCGGUUUCACUUGUAGGUUUAAAAUAAUAUAACUAUAGAGGUAGUUGAAAUAAGAUAGUAGUGAUCAGCUGUCGGAUAUUAUUAUCAAAUAAUAAAUGUUAUGUUGUCAUUACGGCGGCACAGUGGACGACUGGUUAGCACAACCGCCUCAUAGUUCCGAGAACUGGGGUCCAAAUCCGGCCUCGCCUGUGUGGAUUUUGCAUGACCGAAUGCCCGCGUGUGUUUUCUCCAGGUACUCCGGUUUCCUCCCACAUUCCAAAAACAUGCAUGGUAGGUUAAUUGAAGACUCUAAAUUGCCCGUAUGUGCGAGUGAGUGAGUGUGAAUGGUUGGUUGUUUAAACAUGCCUUACGAUUGACUGGUGACCAGUCCGGGGUGUACUGCCCGCAGUUAGCUGGGAUAGGCUUUAGCACACCCACGACCCCAGUGAGGAUAAGCGGAUGGAUGGAUGUUGUCAUCAUCAUUUUUGCUGUAUAUAUCUUGCAUUUGUAUAUUUUUGUAAAUACAGGUAUGUGAACAAAGACUUGCCAAAACUGCAAUAAACCCACUCAACAGACA